AGUUGCACUAAACUUCAUAUCGAUCAAAAUGGAUGGAGUACUUGAAUUUAGCAGAGCUUUUCAAAUUCUUAUCUUCUUAUCAUUAUUCUUCAUGCCAACCAAAACCAUGCACAGCUUCAUCAAUUCAUCGUCAAAUGCACCCUGCAUUGAAAUCGAGCGGGACGCGCUUCUGAGAUUCAAGAAAGAGCUCACAGAUCCCUCAAAUCGUCUUUCUUCUUGGGUUCCUCAAACAGAUUGCUGCGAAUGGGUUGGAAUUCGUUGCGAUGGUUCAACCGGCCAGCUGAAGCGGAGUGGAUUACUUCUGAAAACUACACGUUGAAGGGAAAUUUAAGCGACUCCAUCGUGAAUUUGAGGCAUGUAAGCCGUAUCGACUUGAGUUACAAUGAUUUUGGAGGGAUUCAGAUUCCAAGUUUUUUGGGAUCGCUCGUAAGUUUGAAUUAUCUCAACCUCACAGGAUCGGGAUUUCAAGGGUUGAUACCUCAUCAACUUGGAAAUUUAUCCAACUUGCAACAACUUGGUUUGCGAGGUAAGUCUCCAUUCUCUGGACCUAAAUUGUACAGUGAAAAUCUUCAUUGGCUUCAAGGUCUUGGUUCAUUGUUGAGUUUGGAUUUGAGCUAUGCAAACCUUAGCAAAGCGUCUGAUUGGUUGUUGGAGAUCAAUAAGCUUCCUUCUCUAGUGGAAUUGCGUUUGUCUAAUUGUGAGUUGAGUCAUAUUACUCCAUUGAAUCAUGUCAAUUUCACUUCCCUCUCUGUUCUUGACAUUUCAUCAAACAACUUCAAUGCAUUCUUACCCAAAUGGAUAUCAAAUCUUGGUAGCCUUGUUUCACUUGAUUUAAGUCGAAGUGAUUUCGAAGGUCCACUUCCCAGAGGUUUUUCGAACUUGACAUCCCUCCAAAACCUUAACUUAGAACAUAAUUUCUUGAAUUCUUCGCUACCAGAAUGGUUGUUUAGUCUCAAAAGCAUCACUUCUAUGACGAUGGGGCUUAAUGAGUUUGAAGGUCCGAUUCCAUGUGCUAAUCAAAAUUUGUCGGCCCUUACAUAUCUUGAUCUUUCAGAUACUAAUAUCAAUUACAUUUCCACCAUACCUAGUUGUCUGUAUUCUCUCCAUAAUCUUCAAUACCUAAUCCUUCGCACUCUUUUCUUGCAAGGAGAGAUCUCAGAGGAUAUUGUCAACCUUACUAAUUUGGUUUCUCUUGACCUUUCAUCGAAUAUACUCAAUGGGAGCAUACCAAGCUCAAUAGGAACUCUUUCCAAGUUAAGGAGUAUUUCUCUGUCAGGAAAUUCAUUUCGCCAAAAAUUGUCACAAGUCGUUGACAUCUUUUCUGCCGGUUGCCUUGGAAAGAGUUUGAGAUAUCUUGACCUUCGGGGUAAUUUCAUUUCUGGUCCCAUUCCCGAGUCGAUAGGAAAUUUAUCUUCAUUGGAAAUUUUGGAUCUUUCUAGAAAUGAAUUGAACGAAAUUCUUCCAAAAAGCAUGGGAUCUCUGUCGAGUUUAAAAGAACUAAGCAUUGCUUACAAUCGCUUGGAAGGUAUUGUAUCAGAAAUUUACUUUAUCAAUCUUGUGAAUUUGACGAAGUUGUAUAUGUCUGGAAAUAAUUUGACAUUGAGUUUCUCAAUUGGAUGGAUUCCUCCAUUUAAUCUUGGUAGAAUAUAUUUGAGAUCUUGCAACUUGGGUCCUCAAUUUCCCAAAUGGCUCAAAUCACAGAAGAAUCUUUAUGAGCUUGAUCUAUCACAUGCUAGAAUUUCAGACACGGUUCCAUAUUGGUUUUGGAGUUUCUCUACUUCAUGCUCAUACUUAAACCUCUCCCACAAUCAACUGUUUGGUAAAAUUCCUCAUAUACUUCUUAAUUCUCCGUCUAGUAUGGUCUACCUCAGUUCCAAUAAAUUUGAUGGUGACUUGCCUCGUGUAUCAUCUAAUGUUAUAGAGCUUGAUCUUUCAAAUAAUUCCUUCUUUGGAAACAUGUCUCACUUCUUGUGUCAUUCAAGAAGUCAAGAAAAUCAAUUGAAGAUUCUUUAUCUUGGAGACAAUCUUUUAUCAGGAAAUAUUCCAGACUGUUGGACAAAGUGGAUGUCGUUAAAAGUUGUGAAGUUGGACAACAAUAAUUUAUUUGGAAAGCUACCAAGCUCCAUGGGGUCUCUAAACGACCUGCAAUCUUUGCACCUACGCAACAACAGCCUUUCUGGAGAAAUCCCUUCGGCUCUUAAAAAUUGCUUGAGUUUAUGGACUUUGGAUCUUGGUUUAAAUGCAUUCCAAGGAAACAUUCCAACAUGGAUUGGGACAAAUCUCUCGAAUCUCAAGGUUCUUGGACUUCGAUCGAACAAGUUGAGUGGUUUAAUCCCAGAUGAACUUUGUAACCUCUCAUCUCUGCAAAUCAUGGACAUUGGCAACAACACUUUAACUGGGUCUAUACCACAUUGUUUUGGAAAUUUUACCGCCAUGGCUACCAAAAGGAGUUCAUUUGGACAAAUAUUUUAUUCCUUUUACUAUGGCGAAUUUUUGGAGAAUGCAUUUGUGAUAACUAAAGGAGAAGAGUUCCAGUACAACAACAUCCUGACCCUCAUGACUAGCAUGGACCUUUCAAGCAACAAAUUAUCGGGAGAAAUCCCUCACGAAAUUACUAGUCUCUUGGGGUUGAGAUCGUUAAACCUCUCUAGAAACAAUCUAAGAGGAAGUAUUCCACAACAAAUUGGAAGCAUGACAAACAUGGAGUCUCUCGAUUUCUCAAGAAACCAACUCUCGGGGCAAAUACCAACAAGUAUGUCGAAGUUAACAUUCUUGAAUCACUUGAACUUGUCGCACAACAACUUGUCGGGUCCAAUUCCAACCAGUACACAACUCCAAGGCUUAGAUCCAUCCAGCUUCAUUGGCAACGAGCUAUGUGGACCUCCACUGACCAACAGUUGCAAAAGGGAAAAAAGGACAACACCAGAAACAAAAAAUGGAGAAGCAAAAGAAGAUGAUGAAAAAUAUAUUGAUGAGUGGUUUUAUUUAAGCCUGGCAAUUGGAUUUGUGGUUGGAUUUUGGGGGAUUUGGGGUCCAUUGUUCAUCAGCAAGUCUUGGAGACAUACAUAUUUUAGACGCUUGAACUCCUUAUGGCACAAGUUUAAUUGUUAGUAUCUGUUUUCUCUGUAA